UCUAAGUCAACAUCCACAGCCGACGGAAAGAUGAAGCUGUCAGGCUGGUGGCUGGUGUCUGUUUAUGUCACGUGUUUCCACCCGUCUCUCAUUCUGGCCAUAAAGCGGAUCAUAGUGAAUUACUCAUCUCAGAACCUGUCUUCAGUUCCCCCCGGCCUCAAACCGUCUACGGAGGACUUGGAUCUGUCACUGAAUCGCAUCCAGACGCUGAGCGCCAAAGACUUUAGCACAACACCACGGCUACACUUCCUCAAUCUGUCCUGGAAUAUACUGGAGAACAUAGACAGGGAUGCAUUUAACUCAACGCCGGCUUUGGAGAUCUUGGAUCUGUCGCACAACAAACUCCAGAACCUCUCGGACCAACCGUACCUGCUUAAAACGGGACGUCUACAGUUCGUAGACUUGUCGUCCAACAUGUUUUCCGUCAUGGCACUAGGAAGGGAAUUUUCCACCUUGAAACACCUGCAGUGGUUGGGCCUGAGCGCCAAAUCAAUCAGCAACCAAGACUUCACUUACAUUGCCAAUCUUACUCUGAAAACGCUCUUUAUUAAUGCAAACAGCCUACAGACGUAUGAGGAGAACAGUCUUACAGAAGUACACUCCGAGAAAGCCAUCAUUGCAUUGUCCAAGAGCGACCUUGAUAUUGCAGUCGCUAAGGAUGUUUUUGCAGCAUUUAAAGAGGUUGAAUUCACUCAACCGGACAGCGGGAUGAAGGUCAUCCAGCAGAUACACCGCAGAGGAAUCCUACGCACCGUUAGCUUGGAAAUCUCCAAAGUGGAAACCACAUGGGAAGUUCUAACAAGCGGUGUAAACACAAUAUUUCAGUCUUCGAUUCAACAGCUUUCUUUCUCAGACCUUACGAUGACAAAAAUGGAAGGCGGCACGCUGUUGUCCACGAGCCACAUAAUGGAUUCCUUCUCUACAACUCGAGCAUCCGUAACCGAAUUCAUCUUCAAUCAAAAAGAGCUCUAUGACUUCUUCAUAAACAUGCCCGCAAGAAACGUCAGUUUAACCCAAACGCCCAUCAUCUUCAUGACCUGUCCUUGGACUGUUAGCCAGAUCGAGGUGUUGGACUUGUCCGAUUGCGCCCUUACAGAAAACGUCUUCUCGGUUGAUCCGGAUACUGAAUGCAGUACACUUACAAACCUAGUAAAGUUGGUUCUGAGGGGCAACAACCUGAAACUCCUUAGACCUCUGACCUCAAGAAUCCAUCUCAUGGAAUCGCUUCAACACAUCGACCUCAGUCAGAACACACUUACCUAUUCAGAGGAACAAGGCAAGUGCGUCUGGCCUCCCAAAGUUGUCCAACUGGAUUUGUCUUCGAAUGGGUUCGACCAGAGCGUCUUCAAGUGUUUGCCCGAUUCCAUACGGAUCCUAAACCUUCAGAGUAACCGAGUGACCACAGUUCUUUCAGAUCUUCGGGUUUUGGACGACUUGAGGGUCCUUGACCUCAUGGACAACCGUCUUCUAGACCUUCCCUCCUGCCAAGCAUUCCCAAAUCUGCAGAAACUCUCGGUAAGAUCCAACUCAAUUAAUUCGCCUUUACCGGGAGCCCUCGAGACUUGUCCGCAUCUGGAAGAUCUUGACUUGAGCCGUAACUCCUUCAUCUGCACGUGUGCUUUGCGUGAAUUCGCCGCUCUCAUCAAAGACCGAGCAACACGACCGAGAGGAGAAACUCUUGGUUUGACUCUUGGCCACUGGCCGGAAGGAUACCGAUGCAGUUACCCAGAAUCCUGGAGCAACUCUUUACUAGAAGACUUCUACCUUCCUGAGAUCUCCUGCAACGCCUGGAUCCUGGCUAUCACUAUUCUGAUCCCGACAAUCACUCUGGUAGUCGCCAUUAGCCUUAUUUGCCAUCGUCUGGACGUGCCGUGGUACCUCAAGAUGAUGUGGAAAUGGACGCGCGCCAAGCACCACGCAAUAACUUCCCAAAGGAAAACGGAAGACUUGGAGGGGUUGUGCUUCCAUGCGUUCGUAUCGUACAGCCAAAAAAACGCCGACUGGGUCAAAUCUCAAUUUCUUCCCAAGCUCGAAGGCGACUACGGCUUGCGAGUGUGUCACCACGAGCGCGACUUCAUCCCGGGAAAGACGAUCAUCCAGAACAUCCUCCGAAGCAUCGAGCAGAGCCGAAGGUGUGUUUUCGUGCUCUCCUCUCAUUUCGUCCAGAGCGAGUGGUGCCACUACGAACUCUACUUCGCCAAUCACCAGCGGGUGACGCGAGGGAUGGACAGCAUCAUUCUCAUCCUGCUCGAACCUCUGCCGUUGUAUCUCAUUCCCUCAAAGUACUACCAGCUCAAGUCUAUGAUGUCCAGACGCACCUACCUAGAGUGGCCACCAGAGGGAGCCAAGCAGAAACUCUUCUGGGCAAAUCUCAGAGCCGCUCUGCAGGCCGACCUUCCCAGUCCGUCAGAGAGAGAAGAAUAGUGAUUAGAGGAAUUUUACUAAUAAUUUCAUUGAGAAUGUCAAUCGGAUAUUUAUUUAAAGCAGUUGUUCUCAACCAGGGGGCCAUGGCGAACUUCCACAGGGGCCUCAAGAUGAUUCAAGAAGUCAAAAAUCAAGAUGUUUAUCAUUCACCCCCUCAACCUG